AUGGUAAAUGCCGUCAAUUUACCCGCACACUUAGUGCCACAAGCGUUUAUGAACCAGCAGGAGGAUCAUAACCACAAUGAUUACAGUAACCAAGUGGAAACGGAGCCGCAAUUACAGCCACAGUACCAUCAUCUGUCGAGUCAGAGUCCUCAGAAAAGACACGGUGCACAUCAGCCUCCUUUCCCGUACCAACAACAGCAACAACAACAACAGCAGCAACUAAAUUUGCACAAUUCACCACACAAAUCCAGUCAACAUCCAUCUCAUACGCAUACUCAUCAGCAGUACCCAAAUCAGAGUACACCGGAUUUUCAAUCAGUUCCUGGUGGUUCACUUCGCCAGUCGCCACAAAAACGCGAUCCGCAUCAGCAAUACCAACAAUCAAGGUCUUAUUCAUAUUCGGCAAUUAAUCAAAACAAAGGAGGAGCAGCAGCAGUAACAGCUCCAUACUACAGCACAGGGGCAUCAUCUGGCGGCUCAAGCUUACCGUCCAACCAAAACUACCCGCCGCUAGAACCUAUGCGAAGACAUGAAUCAUGGAAUGUACGAGACGGACAAAGAUCAACGUUAGAUCCAUAUGGUAGUGGUGGUGGUCCAGUGCUUUCCAAUCCACCUCAAAAUGAUCAGCUGGCCAUGCAUCCUCAACCUUAUAUUCUGGGGCAAGGUAAUGGUAACCAAAGUUAUAAUCAGAAUUUCGACCAGAUGACAGGUGGCGCUCCUCUCAAUGUAUAUGGUCCACCCGUGCCUGGUGAACUGACACGUCAAAAUAGCCAAUAUGCGUCUCUUUCAAACAGAUCGGCUCUGUCGUUGACAUACGAAGGUAACUUUCAAUCGCAAGGAAAUUCGAAAGGAAGUACAAAUGUUCCCUACCCGACUGACAAUCAACAACUACAAGGAUAUCCACCACUUCAUCCUACAAUUCAUGAGCAGACAGAACAGUUUACACCAGUCCACAAGGUUCGAAAGGCACCAUCGACAAACUUACCUCCAAUUCAAACUGAUCAGGUACUUAACAAUGUCGACAAUAGAAGAAUCGUAUCAUCUCCACACCUGCAGUAUCCACCGCGUCAAUUGAAUCAAGACGCACGAACAAAGUCAUUAUCAUCUAGCUCUUCAAGAUUCAAAAGUGCGCAGCAACUACAACAUAAUCAGCAACAUAAUCAUCACCACCACCACCACCACCAACACGAUCAAUUGACGAAUUCGCGUCCCUUGUCUGGUGAUAAAGGUGGCUCUUCAACAUCGUUGCACCACAUUUUUUCCUUAUCUUCCAAAUCACGUUCGUUCAGUUCCAUUAGUAAAUUCUCAUCGUCAUUAUCAACAAAAAAGUUUAAUUCGUCAUCAUCAUUAGGUAAAGCCGAUCGAGCUAGUAAUGCGAGCUCAAAGACUAUGGUUCCAGUUCAUACAGGUCCUAAAGCGGUGGUGUAUCCUGCAAUUUUAUCGGAAGUUGCAAAAGUGUUUAAAGAGGCUAUAAUCUUAACUAUCAACACAAAAGACGGAUUGGAGUAUCAUGAUACUUUUACUGGGAAAAUGGCUGUUGAUAUAUUAUGCCGAAUCAUUAGAACAAAUGAUCGAAAUUUGGCUCUUCUCUUGGGGAGGACUUUGGAUGCACAAAAGUUUUUUCAUGAUGUCACUUAUAAUCAUCGUUUGCGGGAUUCAGUUCAUGAGGUGUAUGCAUUUUCGCAUGUUUAUAAUGAUGUCGACUUCUACAAUGAGGAUGGAUCAAUCAGCAAUGGCAAUAAUAGCAAUGCACCAUCAAAGCAUGGCUCAUUUAGUGAUAGCCUUCAAUUGCAACAAGCUAUUCAUGAUAAUUUUUUGACACAACAACUUCCACAGCAUGUUAGUCAACCAUCAUCGGCUGAGUACAUGAACUCGGGUCCACUGGUUAAUAACAGGUUAAGCGGGAGCAACCAUGCCUCUGGUGCUGGAAAGAAGCUCACUGCAUCUCAACAAACCGGCGUUAAUGGUGUCUUUACAAUAUUGACUGAUUGCUAUUCACCAACUUGUAGCCGGAACCAUCUUUGUUAUAGUAUUGCAUGUCCGAGGAGAUUAGAACAGCAAGCUAGACUUAACAUGAAACCUCAAGGAGGGUUGAAGCGAGCAGUCUCUAGGCUAUCCUUGCACGAUCAGGAAGAGAACGAGACCUUGUGGCACAAGACUGUACCUCAAUCGGUGUUGGAUAAGCUUGAUAAGCAUGAGAAAACUCGACAAGAAUUGAUUUAUGAGUUCAUUUAUACGGAACGCGAUUACGUGAAAGACUUAGAGUUUAUGACUGAUUUUUACAUUAUGCCAUUGAGAAAUCCGGCCAAUAAUAUAAUUCCUGAACACCAGCGCGAAAUUUUCAUUCAGACUGUAUUUGGUGGUGUUGGUGAUUUAUUGAGAUUGGGAAAGGGUUUUAGUGAAGCGUUGACGAAGAGACAACAGCAACAGAAACCAGUUGUUGAAACCAUUGGUGAUGUAUUUUUGGAUCAUGUCGGCGGCUUUGAACCAUUUAUUCGAUAUUCCGGUAACAAAGUGUUUGCGACUUUUGAACAUGAACGUCAGCAACAGGUCAAUGUUAAAUAUGCACGAUUUCUUGAUGCCAUUGAAAAGAAACCAGAGUCGAGAAGACAGGAUUUGUCAUCGUUUUUAAUCAAAGGUGUGCAAAGACCAGCAAGAUACCAGUUGUUAUUGGCUGGUAUUUUGAAACAUACCAAACCAGAGAGUCCCGAUUACAAGUAUCUUGUGAAAGCAAAAGAGGAGAUCGAGGCACUUUUGGUCAAGAUUAAUGUGCAAACAGGUGAAAGCACUGAUCGGCACAAGAUUAUGGUGUUGCAUAGACUUUUGGGUAAGCAAACGUUGGAAAACAAGUUUAAUUUCAAAUUGUCUUACAAUAAUCGUAUCUUGUAUCAAGUCACAUUAAACCGGAAACGAGACAAUGAAAAAAUUGAUUUGUACUUGUUUGAGCAUGCAUUGUUGUUGGUCAAGCACAAGAUUCAGAACAAACGCGAACAACACAAGGUUUUCGAGAAACCAAUAUUAUUGCCAUUGUUGUUUGUAAAUAGUGGGUUUGAAGUACCAACGAGUAGAACAUUGAUGAAUUUCAGGUACAACGUGUCACUUGUUUCCGACACAAAUUUGAAAAAUCAAAGGACCGAGAGCAGCAACUAUAUUGGAAACACAUUGUCUUCAAACAACACCAACAAGUUUCAACUAAAUUUUCUUGGAUUGGGAAGAAAUCAAGUACAUGCUUCAUUAUUUGCUGAAGACCUGACCAUACAAAGUCAAGUAUUGCAACAGAUUGCUCAACAGCAAAGAAAGCUCAUUGAUGCCAAUGAUUUGUUUUCCAUGAGUAAAUAUGAAACAAGAAGAUUCACGGGUAACAAUAAGAUUAAUUGUGCUGUGCCAUGUUAUGGUGGUAAGAAAUUGUUGUAUGGUACUGAUUCAGGUGUAUGGGUGAGUACUGUGCGCUCGAUUAGUGCUACAUCAAAUGAGAAAAUUUGUUCCGAUCCUACAUUGGUUAUUUCCAAACCAUAUGUUACUCAGAUUGAAGUAUUGGUAGAAUAUUCCAAAUUGUUGGUGUUGAGUGACAAAGCAUUGUAUGAGUUUGAUCUUACGUGUACUGAUUCCUUGGAUCAUGUUAAAAAUACCAAGCUGGGCAAAUUGAUUAUGACGCAUAUUUCAUUCUUCAAGUUUGGUGUUUGCGAUGGAAGAUUAUUAAUCAUUGGUGCCAAAACUGGUUCACAACACUCCAUUUGCAUAUUUGAACCAAUUAAUCCAUUUGACCCGAAACAAAAGAAUCGUAAUAAAAACAAAAUUGAAAUUCAAGAGAUACCAUUCACAUCUGAUCCAAUUUCCAUAUCGUACAUGAAGAGUAAAUUAUGUAUUGGGUGUACAAAGGGAUUUGAAAUUUUAUCACUUCAAUCGGGUAACAAGGAACCCAUUUUGGAUGAAGCUGAUCCAUCAUUGGAUUUUGCAACUCAACGAGAGUCAGUUACUCCAUUGGCCAUUCACCGUUUAGGUAAAGAUUUCUUGCUUUGUUAUUCUGAAUUUGUGUUUUUGAUCAACAAGAAUGGUUGGAGAACAAAUCAUGACUGGGGUAUAUUUUGGGAAGGCACACCACAAAAUGUGGCAUUAUUCUUUCCUUAUUUGUUAUCAUUUGAACCAGGGUUUAUUGAAAUCAGAGAUUUACAUACAACAAAUCUUGUUCGCGCAUUGGUGGGGGAAAAUAUUCGAUUUUUGCAUUCGAAUGAGCAUGAGGCAAUGUUUGCUUGUGAAGAGAAAGGAUACGAUAUUAUCAUCUCGAUUGAUUUCUUGAACUUGAAGCCAAAAUCACCAAAUUAG